AGAAAAAUAUCAAUUUUUCAAAAUUAAUAAAAAUAAAAAUUAAAAAAAAACCCUAGAAGCUGAAUCAUCGAAAACGCCCCAAUGUUCGCAAAAUUUCUCUUCGUCCCCGUAGGGUGAAUCCGACCGUUGAUUCUCUCCAUCCAACGGUUCUAGUCAGUCGGCGACCGCCUUUUCCCCCAGUGGUUUUUAUCAUAAACCCUAGCCGUCUUCUCUCUGUCAGUUUGCAUGAGACUCUCUCACUCUCACCGAUUCUUCAUCAAAUUUUCGGAUCUAAUCUUUGGAAUUCCUUUUUGGGUCCUCUGUCGACUUCUUUUUCGGGGUUUUUUCACAGCCUCUGUAAAUGGAUCUUUGAUAUUUGUAUAUUUUAAAACUUUUUUUUUAAGGAUUUGAAUCUUGAUUAUUGUAGAGCUAGUGUGCGAAUCGGUAAAGAUUUUUGUAAUUUCUUCUUGGUGUUGCAUGUCUCUUUGUUUGUUUCCGAUGUUUGAUUUUUAAUUUUUCCCCCUCUUUGAAAUCUUUCGCGCCAAGUCUCCAUUUCUUGAAAAUUCUGGCUCAUCGUGUAUACAGACACUGAUUUUGACGAGAUGGGUGCUUGUUAAACACUGGCCGGUUUGUAAUUUUCCGGCCGCUGGUUGCGAGUCAAUUCGAAGAAACAAGAAGGUUGAUUGGUGGGUGGUGUUAAUUCUUUAUAGCCGUACGGCAAUGCCGUCUGGGAUGAGAAGGACGAGAGUUUUUGGUUUGGUAAAGGGUGUUGAUGGAGCUAGAGUUCUAAGGUCUGGAAGACGGCUUUGGCCUGAAUCGGGAGAGGUGAAGGUUAAGAAGUCUAAAGACGCUAAUGAUUGGUACCCUGUUAUUGAAAGCAGAGGAAAUGGCCAUGGUAGGCUCCAUGGUAAGUGGACUCCAGUUCGAAAUGUCAAGCCGAAGAGGGUGGUGGUUAGCUUUCGUGGGGAUGAUGAUGCUUGUGUUGUGAAAGUGCCUGAGCCAGUGAAGGUUUUUCCUAGGAUUAGUAACGAUGGCAAGUCUGGUGAUGGGGAUAGAAUGUUUGGGAAAGUUUAUACAAGGAAGAGGAAGAGGGGUCGUUUGGAAAAUGGGGAGGUUUUUGAUGAAAUGGAGAGUGAUAAUGUUCUGUCAGGGGAUAGGAUGUUUGGACUCCGGUUCAUUCGAAGACAGAGGUCGAGGAAGACUGAUGUUGAACAUUGGGAGUCUACUGCAGGUGGCCGUUCUACUAAACUGCAUUUCCGAAGGCAGAGGAUUUCGCGGCCCCGGGAUCAGGUUCUUACUAUUUUUGCCGGGAGUAGUCUUGAUGGUGGCUGUUUUUCAGAUUUUAUACUCUCGGUUCUUAGACAUUUGAAGAGUCCUGACCUGAGUCUGGCUAAGUUUUCUGCAUUUUUGUUAUCUAAUCCAAUCAAUGGAGUUUUUGCUUUGAAGGGAAUGCGUUUCUUACAGGGUUAUCCUCCUACUGGAAGUUCUGGCAUGUUUGUGAUUUUUGGAGCCAGGCAAUCAAUUCCAAUGUUUCAUUUGGAUUUUUCCGCUGUUCCUCUCCCUUUUAUGUUUUUGCACUCCGAGAUGUUUCUUAGAGUGACUUGGAUUCAGGCUCGUCUUGUAUAUAAUAACAACCAGUUAGAUGUAGAUAUAAGUAGUGAUAGUGAAGAAGACUGUGUUGAAGAGCUACAUGUUUCCAGUUCUCUUGUAAGUUCCUUGGAACACAAACCCAUGGCCUUUGGAUUUGAUCGUCCUAAGACCCGAUCUGUUUCACAUCCAUCUGUUAGAGCUUCAAGGUUAGGUAGUCGGACCAUGCAAUACAGAAAUGGUUUCAGCUCUCGUGGUAUACGAAAAAGGAGAAGUUCACUGAGAAUGAAGAGACCUGGAAGCCAUUCUCUUGCUGCUGUGCAAAAAACUAUUGGCUCAUUGGCAGUUGAUGAUAUAAAACGCAGUGUCACUUUUUCUUCUGGAGCAUCUUGCAACAGGCACAAGAACUCAUCCCCGAGGGACUCUGCUGGGCGCAUCAGAGAAGUGAGUUCUACUGCAUUGGGAUCAGCAAUGGAUGUUGACUCAUCAUGCUGCAAUGCAAAUAUAUUAAUAAUAGAAUCUGAUAAAUGUUCGAGAGAAGAGGGAGCCAGCAUUGUGUUAGAGUUGUCUGCAUCGUGUGAAUGGCUUCUGGCAAUCAAGAAAGAUGGUUCAACUAGAUACACCCAUAAAGCAGAAAGAGUUAUGAAACCCUCUUCUUGCAAUCGUUUUACACAUGCAAUAUUGUGGUCAGUAGAUAACGGUUGGAAGCUAGAGUUUCCUAAUCGAAGGGAUUGGUUUAUUUUCAAGGAUUUAUACAAGGAGUGUUCUGAUCGCAAUAUACCAUGUUCUAUUGCUAAAGCUAUUCCUGUGCCAAGAGUGUCUGAAGUUUCAGAUUAUGUUGACAGUAGUGGUGUUCCUUUUCUAAGAUCAGAUACAUACAUCUCUGUAAACGACGAUGAGGUAUGUAGAGCGAUGACAAAAAGUACCGCGAACUACGACAUGGAUUCUGAUGACGAGGAAUGGCUAAUAGAGUUUAAUGAUAGGCUUAUUGCAACAGACAAGCACCGGGAAUGUAUCUCAGAGGAGAAUUUUGAGUUGAUGAUCGAUGCUUUUGAGAAGGAAUUUUUCUGUAAUCCCGAUGCCUUCUCUGAUGAGAAAGCACCUGCUGAUAUAUGCAUGCAUCUCGGUAGCCGGCUGAUAGUAGAGUCGUUAUAUGCUUAUUGGACAAAGAAACGAAAACAAAGAAAAUCAUCCUUGAUAAGGGUUUUCCAGGCUCAUCAAUCAAAGAGGAAACCUCCUGUGGUCCCUAAACCAAUCAUGCGAAGAAGACGAUCACUCAAAAGGCAACCUAGCCAAUCUGGAAAUGGUAGAACUACCCAAUUAAGUAUUUUAGAAGCCAUAAUUUCGAGACGAGAUGAUAUGGAGGACCAGAAUGCUAUGCAAAAGUAUGAAGAAGCAAAGGCAGCAGCAGAAAAAUGCUUUGAAAACGCUGUCAAUAAGCGGCAAAGGGCACAAUUGCUGUUGGAGAACGCAGAUUUAGCAGCUUACAAAGCCAUGUUAGCACUCAGAAUUGCCGAAGCAAUUCAAGCAUCAUCAGAAUCUGCAACUGCUGCUUGUUUUCUCGAAUGAGAUUUUAUUUUCGAGAAUUCCUGCUUUUCUUUGGAAUACCUAAUUGUUUUUAAUUAUAUUGUAUAGUAUUUCAUUAAUGUGUACAUUCCUAUUUUGUGUAUGAUUAGAAGAAUCUCUCUAGCACCCAUUAUGUACAAUGAGAUGUCCUGAUUUUUCCCAGGUCAAAGAUAUACCCAAGUUUGUACUA